AUGGCGCCGUCCCACGUCCUCAAGUGCUGCCAGAAGGUGCUGGCCUGGGUGCCCGUGGUCUUCAUCGCCCUGGUCGUGGCCUGGUCCUACUACGCCUACGUGGUGGAGCUGUGUGUGUGUGAAAUUUUUGGUAAAGAAUUGAAUGAAAAAACCAUUGUCUACCUUGUAGUUUUUCAUCUGUCAUUCGUCAUGUUUGUAUGGUCCUAUGGGAAGACAAUUUUCACAUCUCCUGCAACCCCCUCUAAUGAGUUCUGCUUGUCAAAAGCUGAUAAAGAACAGUAUGAAAAAGAAGAGAGACCAGAAUCCCAGCAGGAGAUUUUGAGAAGAGCUGCUAAAGACUUGCCUAUCUAUACAACAACAGCAUCGAGAGCAAUCAGAUACUGUGAUCGAUGCCAGCUGAUCAAACCUGACCGCUGCCACCACUGUUCUGCAUGUGACGUAUGUGUAUUAAAAAUGGACCACCACUGUCCAUGGGUGAAUAAUUGUGUGGGAUUUUCUAACUACAAAUUCUUCCUCCUGUUUUUAAUGUAUUCCUUACUGUACUGUUUGUUUGUUGCUGCUACAGUCUUGCAGUACUUCAUAAAGUUUUGGACAAAUGAAUUGCCAGAUACCCAUGCAAAGUUCCACGUACUAUUCCUUUUCUUUGUGGCAGCCAUGUUCUUCAUCAGCAUACUGUCACUCUUCAGCUACCACUGCUGGCUAGUUGGCAAAAACAGAUCAACUAUAGAAACAUUCCGUGCACCCACAUUUCGAAAUGGUCCUGAUAAAAAUGGCUUUUCUCUUGGAUGCAGCAAAAAUCUAAGGGAGGUUUUUGGCGAUGAAAAGAAGUAUUGGUUACUCCCUAUCUUUACCAGUUUGGGUGAUGGAUGUAAUUUCCCAACUCGAUUGGUGAUUAUGGAUCCAGAGCAACUUGCAGUCUCAAGCCAAAAUGAACCUGCCAAAAGCUCCGUAUCCAAUCAGUCCUUUCCUACUCGACCACUCAGUGAAUCACAAAAUCGGUUGCUAUCCAGUGAUUGUCAGUGGGUGGAAACUGGCCCUGAAGAGGAAAAUGUGAAAUCAGGUAGUGGUUUUGUUUGUGGUGGGUUUUUUUUUUUUUGUUGUUGUUGUUGUUGGUUUUUUGUUGGGGUUUUUUUGUUUGUUUUUCCUUUUUUAAGGCCAAGAAGGGCCUUGGGAACUGGCUGGAGUGGUGUACAAGAAAAUGUGUUUAAUGGAAUCAAGUCAGCAUGUUUAGAACUGAAGGCUAACUUGUAUCCCAUGCUCUGCUCCAAAAUUAGUUAUUAUGUUAAGGUAGUGGAUGUUAGAUGGAUAAAUAAUUCUCACUUUUGCACUUCAGUUCUGAGAUCUGGGAUCUUUUAUGUUUGAUUAGGGGGAGGACAAUUUUUUGUAAAGUAGGCACAACACGAUCGAGGUGCUUUCUGGUUUGAAAUCUGCUAUUUGUUAUGCAAAUCUGCAAAAACACAUAAUUGAGAUUCUCUCACAUUCUAGGUGCAAAAAAGCAUAUUAUAGUUUCAUUGGAAAGCUGAUCUCAGCUAAUUACUAACCAACCAUCUCAAUGAGAAACAGGUAAGACUAACAUAAUUGAUGGCUGUUUCUGUACACGUAUGAAUAAAAAUAGACAUCUUGAAGUCAAAACUCAACUAGUCAUGGAAUGCAGAGGAGUCCUCUGAUGUUGGAUGAGUAAUAGCAAGGUCUAAAUAAAUUCAGAAUGGCUCUUGAGAAGACAAGAAUGGGAGUAAUGCUGUAGAGCAGGAAACGGGCUGGCUACACCUGGGAUGAGUCAGAUUAAUCCUGUAAUUUAGAUUGAAGUGGGUAGUGCUGGAUUUGUUACCUGGCCAGGGAAAAGAAUCUGAUGCUAAAUGCAAUUCUGAGAUGAAACGUUGUCUUGAAGAAGAGCCCCUUAAAUGUCUUUCUCUUAAUCAUAUAUUGGUGAGCCAUGUUCUGCUCUUUAGGAAGCUGCAUGUGCACAGGGAAGGAAGAUCAAUAAGUGAAUAAAGGUCUCUGCAUACAGACUGCUCUGUAAUAUUUGGAAUUCACAGUGAUCUUCUGAAUGUCUUUUGCAGUGAGUGCUGGUGCAUAUAUGAAACUUCUCUUGGUGUAUUUCCAGUGACUAAAUUAGACUGCUUUUAUGUUGACUUUCUACUGUGGUAUGCUUAUAAGCUCCCAUUAAGAUCUUCUGUCUGGAAGAGAAACAAAUCUUAUUUGAUCAACUAACAGCUGUAGAAGCUAGAGCUGACUCAUUACCCCCCUGCCUCUUUCUUUUUUUUUUGUUUUUUUUGUUGUUGUUGCUGGUUUUGUGGUUUUUGGUGGUUUUUUUUUUUUUUGGGGGGGGGAGGCAGGCUGGAUGUUUUUGCAAGUAAUUCACAUUUUUAUCCAAAAUAAAACCCUACAUUUGAAUUUGGUAUACUCAGUAAUUUUAGGAUUACAUUUUUUCCCUUCUUUUUUUUUUUUUAAUGAGUCUUCUGACCUAAAAAUAUAGUUUUGGGACAGGGCUGGUUUGUUUUAAAGGAAGAAAAAAAUCUUCCUAAAAGGUCUUUGUGGGUGAUGGUGUGAUGCUUGGUCUGGUGUUGGUCAGACUGCUCAGUGUAAACUCAUACAAAAACCAAGAUUAGACUAGUUAGUUAUGACUUCUGAAAAACCUACUCAACCAUGAGAGCUCACCAAUGGUAAGUUUCCUCUUUCCAACUUUUCUUAAUGCUAUAUAAAUGCAUAAAAGAGUAUCCCAAGCAAGGGGUUCCUUUCAGCCUCCAGCUAUAUAAACCCUAAUCUGAUCUAAAUAUGUUACGAAGGCUUUUCUGUUCUUCAUGGAGCAGAAUAGAAGUUUCUGAGAGCAGCUCAUCCCAGCAGCCUUUGAUAGGGUAUUAUAGAAAGGUCUUAAUCUUUCUUUCCACUGACCUAGAGAGGGAGCAUAGAUGACUGUCUUAAGCUAGACAAUUAACUGGUAAUAGCUUAAGAUUAAUUUCUUUUCUGUCCUCCCUGUCUUCCUAAAGUGAGGCCGGAUUUAAUAAAGGAAGAAUUUGUACUUUGUGUUACGCUUGCCCAAACUACAUUAGUUUUAAAAGUUCUAUGAAUGAAAGUGCAUAAUUGCAC